AAACUUAUAAUUUACAAAAAAAUGCGCCACAUAUCGUUAGCGCGUGAAGUGGCGGUCACCAUAACGACACGUAACAUCAUGCGUUCAUGUCCUGUCAUUUGCCAAACUGAUUACCGGCUAUCUCCGGGAUCUUCCACAUUAAAAGAAAACCACCCCCUUCGCCAAUCCUUUUCGCCGGCCGUGUUUGCUUUGCUCUUCUAAAUUUUUAAUUUCGCAAAAUAAAAAAAAUAACAGAAAAAAAAAACCCAGAAAACCAUCAUAGUUUCCACUAGCUUCUUCAUCUAAAAGAAAAGGAAAAAAAAAUCAGUCAAUAUAAUUUCGGGUUUUUAACAUUCAUAAUUAGAAAAAAAAACCAGAGAGAGAGAGAGAGAUGGGACAUUACGGCGUGGAUGAGGCGGUGAGAGCGUAUAAGCUGAAUGACGCAUCCAAUUGGUGGCGUAACAUUAACAAUUCACCGCUCUGGCAGGAUCGCAUUUUUCACAUUCUCGCCGCUCUUUAUGGCCUCGUCGCCGCCGUGGCUCUCGUUCAAUUAAUACGGAUACAAUUGAGAGUUCCCGAGUAUGGUUGGACCACCCAGAAGGUUUUUCAUUUUCUAAAUUUUCUGGUGAAUGGGGUUCGCGCACUAGUUUUUGUUUUCAGGCGGAAUGUGCAGAUCUUACAUCCAGAGAUUGUUCAACAUAUCUUGCUUGACAUGCCAAGUCUAGCUUUCUUCACGACAUAUGCACUUUUGGUCUUGUUUUGGGCUGAGAUCUACUACCAGGCACGAGCUGUAUCAACUGAUGGACUGAGGCCAAGUUUCUUUACAAUAAAUGCAGUGGUUUAUUCUAUUCAGAUUGCAAUGUGGCUGGUAUUAUGGUGGAAGUAUAUCCCAGUUUUAGUCAUCCUAUCGAAAAUGUUCUUUGCAGGUGUCUCAUUGUUUGCAGCCCUUGGUUUUUUACUAUAUGGUGGAAGGCUUUUCUUAAUGUUGCAGCGGUUCCCUGUAGAGUCCAAAGGGCGGCGUAAGAAGCUGCAAGAAGUUGGUUAUGUGACCACAAUAUGCUUCUCAUGUUUCCUAGUCAGAUGCAUCAUGAUGUGCUUUAAUGCAUUGGACAAAGCUGCUGACCUUGAUGUUUUGAACCAUCCAGUUCUAAACUUCAUAUAUUACCUGUUGGUGGAGAUAUUACCUUCAUCUUUGGUCCUUUUCAUUUUGAGGAAGUUGCCAUCAAAACGAGGUAUUACCCAGUAUCAUCCUAUACGAUGAACGAUUGAGGAUGACACGAGAAAAAAUAAUAAAGGGAAUCAAUGCUUGUAACGAUUUUGGACAUGGCUUUUGUACCCUGCAAAGAGAGCAGAAAAAGCAAUAUGGAAGGCAGCAAAAACUAAGUUUUGUGUCUGUACUCACGAGCUGAUCUCAUGGAUUGUAACCUAUCAAUGUGUUCAAAGUAAGGAGGUUUGUAGAUUAUGAGAAAUUGUGGAAUCUGUCGACUAGUUUGGUUCCAUUCAACAUGUAAAAGCGAAACCGAAAAGAAAAACGACGAUGGAUGAAUUUCACAGAAUGCUAUUAAAACUCCAAAA